AUGGCAGCGGCAACCGUGGACGCAAGUGAGCUGGGAGAGGAUGACCUCGUCUUCGAGCCCACCAUCCAGAAUCUCAUCGACCAGGAAACACUCAAGUACAUCUUUGUCGGUGGCAAGGGCGGCGUCGGCAAAUCAACGUGCAGCUCUUGCAUUGCCAUCCGUCUAGCCGAGGCCGGCCGACGCGUGCUCCUCAUCUCCACCGACCCCGCGCACAACCUCAGCGACGCCUUUAACCAAAAGUUUGGCCCACGGCCCACCAAGGUCGACGGUCUCGAUCGCCUCAGCUGCAUGGAGGUGGACCCCGUGGUCGGCUUUGAAGACCAGCUGGCCCAGCUAGAAGAACAAAAUGCGGAACUUGCCUCCUUCCUCAAGGGUUUUGGCUUCUCCCUGCCCGGCAUUGACGAAGCUACCAGUUUUUCCCAAAUCAUGAAGCUGGUCAAAUCGCUUGAUUUCGAUGUCACCGUCUUCGACACGGCUCCCACCGGACACACCCUGCGUUUGCUUCAAAUGCCCGACUCGCUCAACAAAGCCAUCGAUAAGAUCAUCGGUCUCGACUCCUCCAUGGGUGGCAUGCUCUCCCAGAUGGGCUCUAUGAUGAACGUCGGCUCAGUUCUUGAAAAACUGCAGAGUGCCAAGGCCUCCAUUGAAGAAGUUACACGCAUCUUCAAAAAUCCCGUCCAGAUCUGCCAGGCCCCCGACGCGCAUGAGAUGUGCCACUGA